UUGCUUCUAAUCUUACUUUUUCGUAACACUGAUAUCCUCGUACGCGUAACAUCUGCUUCUUACAAUAAAUAGUUAAUGAAACAUUUGUGUAAUUAAUCCAAGAACGGAAUUUCUGCUUUGCUAACAAUGAAAAAGCAUCAAUUAAUCCUUCCUAGUAUUUUCUGUUCAGUUUUUUCUUUCGUCUAUUUCUUUACAAGUGAAAAAUUAAAAGGUAAAGACAAUUGUGUGUAUAAUAUGAAGGAUGACGAUAAAAAGUUCAUUAAAAAAACCUGUGGUGACGAUGAUUUGAAACACAACAAUGAUUUGUACUUGAUACCAUGCGACAAAGUGAUUGAUACUAUGAGUGCUGAUGACCUCGACGUAGUCUAUUGGAAAUAUGUUAAUACGAUUCAAGUGCUCUGUCAUAACCAGAUGAGAUUUGGUAACGUUGAAGACGGAGGAAAAGAAAUAUGUCUAGAUGAAUUGUAUAUACCAAAGCAACAUUGCCUCGUCUAUUCUUUUGGAUCAAAUUUCAGGUUUGAUUUUGAAGAAGCAGUUAUUAGACACAUCAACUGUGAAAUUCACACAUUCGAUCCAAGUAAACCAAUACAAGGGAGGACCAUUCCAAGUGGGAUAAACUUUCACCUUUUGGGACUAGCUGGUGAAAACAGUAUUAACAACAAAGGUUGGGAAAUGAAGACAUUGUCUACCCUGAAGAAAUUACUAAACCAUACUGAGAGAGUUAUUGAUAUACUGAAAAUUGAUAUAGAAAGUGGAGAAUGGGAUACAUUACCAGAAAUGCUUGAAUCAGGAGUACUUGAAAGAGUGAAACAACUAAGUAUUGAAAUACACUAUGAUAAAGCACGGGGAAAACAUCAAAUGAAGACUCUGAGAAAAUUAUAUGAAGCCGGAUUCCGUAUAUUUAUGCAGGAACAUAAUCCAAAAGGCCCCCGGGGCAUUUACGAAAAACCAUUUUUUUUUAAUUUUGGGAAAACUUCAAUGAAAAUCAAUGAUUUUUAA